AUGGCUUUCUGGGGUCUCAAGGUUGAGCCCGGCAAGUGGACGCCCUUCGUCCCCCCGCCCGACGAGGCGCUCCGCCUGCACAUCUCCCAGGCCACCCUCGGCGGCGGUAUCCCCGAGGACAAGGAGCGCAUCAUCGUCAAGUGCCGCGCCGAGGCCGAGGACGAGGAGGGCGCGCAGGAGUUCAACAUCUGCACAAUCAUCGGCGGCGUCGUCGAGUCGUGCCACCUCGACCUCAUCUUCGACGGAUACGCCGAGUUCUACGUCGAGGGAUCCUACCCCGUCCACCUCACGGGCUACUUCAUGCCGGACAUGGACGACGACGAGAUGGACGGGAUGUACGACCGCCAGAUGGGCGACGACGAGGACGACGACUCCGAAGAUGAGGAUGAGGAGUACGACUCCGAGGACGACGCCGACGACUUCGGCGUCCUCGAGGACUUCGACGACGAGGAGGACGAAGGUGACUUCGACGACUCCGAGGACGAGGACGACUCCGAGUCCGAGUCCGAACAGGACGACGCCCCGAAGAAGACCAAGAAGGGCGGGGUGACCAUCCAGGAGAUCGAAGAGGAGGACGCCAAGCCCCCGGCCAAGAAGGAGGAGAAGAAGAAGCGCGCCGCGCCCGAGGAGCCCCCGGCCAAGAAGGAGGAGCCCCCCGCCAAGAAGGAGAAAAAGGAGGAGAAGACCCCGGCUAAAAAGGAGGAAAAGAAGAAGGAGGCUCCCAAGCCCGAGACCCCGGCUUCCGGCGGCAAGCAGCUCAAGCGCGAGUUCAAGAACGGCAUGGAGAUCCUCAACGUCGCGAUGGGCCAGGUUGACGGCAAGAAGGCGGAGCCCGGCAAGAGGGUGACGAUGAAGUACGUCGGUAAGCUCCAGAGCGGUAAGAUCUUCGACCAGACUAAGGGCAACGCCACGUUCCAGUUCAGACUCGGCAUCGGCGAGGUCAUCAAGGGCUGGGACGUCGGCGUCGCGGGCAUGCGGGUGGGCGAUAAGCGCCGGCUCACCAUUCCCCCGGCCAUGGCGUACGGCAAGAAGGGCGUCAAGGGAGCCAUCCCGGGCAACGCGACGCUCAUCUUCGACGUCGAGCUCGUAAACGUGCACCUUGACGCCGCGAACACGAGCCCGAUGAGGCCCGCGCCGAUGACGAAGCCGGCGAUCUCGUUCGCCGGGGGAAGCGCUCUGGGCGGAGCGACCGAGGCGCGGGACCGCGCGGGGCGGAUGGACACGCGUCCUGUGGGGUGUGCGGCGACGGACGGGACCGUCGGUAUCGCGACGACGCCCAUCUGCCACGUGCUGGCGCGCCUGAACAGUGGUGGUGCGUGGGACAACUUUUGGCGGUCUUCGCUCGUCGCUGGCCGGUCUACGCAAAUCAGACCCCCCCCUUUGCUGUCGUUUCGUAGCUUCGAUUUGGGGUGCAGGCUGCACCCCAAACCCGAUUUUACUUUCAAAACCACGGUCAACUUUGAAAACAGUCGUGUUAUCAACUUGCAUUUUGUCUAUCAAAUCACCUAUCAAAGCCAAAACGACAGCUAA